AUGGCCUUUCUGUUGAGCAUUAUCCCUCAAGUGAGGCGUGAUGUUGGCUUAGGCGAUCCGCGGGUCACACGAGCAGCACAGCACGAUGUCAUCGAGACAAAAGAUGAGGUCAUAUCAACGUACGUCGAUGUUGCCAUCAUGGCUGACGUAGAAAUGGAACAACCUAAAGUUGAGCCUAAGGAAGAGGCAGUGGAACAGAAUGGAAACGUCAACAAGGAAGAAGCUAAGACCACUUCGGAAUAUGAGGAAAAUGAGACAUAUAAGAAGUUGAUCUCCCAACAAAUGAAGAAGUCAGUUGCGGAAUCUUUGAUGAAGCUCUUCGACAGCGGAUACAUGACAGCAGACGACGUUGACGAGCGUGCGGUUGAGAUGAUGAACUCUUUCCCAGAAGAUCAAGCUCGCUACAUAGUUGAACAACUGAGGGAGUCAAGGCUCUUUGGUGUCCAAAACAAGGCUCAGUACUUGAUGUCGUUAAUGCGCAACUUCCGCGAUCGUGUCCGCAACCAGGGCGCACAAUCCGUUAUGGCAGGAAAGCUCAUAACUGGACCAGAUCCCGAAAAAAUGGCUGAAAUUUUGAAAAGAACUGGAUACUCUUUGGAAAUCACAGUUGGCCAGCGAAAAUAUGGAGGUCCCUGCCCAGACUGGGAAGGACCACCAACUGGACCUGCUGGUCAGGGACAUGAGGUCUAUGUGGGACACAUUCCACACGAACUCUUCGAGGAUUCCAUCGUGCCCCUCUUCGAGCAGUGUGGAAAAAUCUGGGAUCUCCGAUUGAUGAUGGAUCCUAUGUCUGGCAAAAACCGCGGAUAUGCGUUCUUGACGUUCUGUGAGAAGGCCUCUGCUGCUGAAGCAGCCAAGAAGUAUGAUGGACACGAAAUUUUGCCCGGAAAAGCUCUGAAAGUGAACGUCUCUGUCGCAAACACACGUCUGUUCCUUGGAAACAUCCCCAAGUCGAAAACUAAAGACGAAAUUCUUGAGGAGCUCAAAAAGCACGCAGAGGGUGUUACGGACGUGAUUGUCUACACCAUCCCGGAUGCCACUGAACGCCACAAGAACAGAGGGUUCUGCUUUGUCGAUUUCGCGGAUCACAAGACAGCCUCAGAUGCUAAAAGGAAAAUUCAGCAGCACAAGAUCCGUCCUUUCAACAGCGAACUUGUCGUUGAUUGGGCUGAGCAACAAGACGAACCAGAUGAAGAGACAAUGAAUAAGGUUAAAGUUUUAUAUGUUCGGAAUCUUAAAGAAUGUGUGACCGAAGAGAAGUUGAAAGAGAUCUUCGGCACAUUUGGAGAGAUCGAGCGGAUAAAGAAAAUUAAAGACUACGCCUUCGUUCAUUUCAAGGAGCGAGAUCCGUGCUUGAAGGCUUUGGAAGAAUGGAACGGAAAGGAUUUGGAAGGUGUAAAUAUUGACUGCUCUCUAGCUAAGCCGCAGACAGAGAAAAAGAAGAAGCCUAUGCGUGGUCGCGGCAUGGGCAUGGGAAUGGGAAUGGGAUACGGCGGUGGACCUGGUGGAUUCGGUGGCGGUCGUGGCCGUGCCAACAACAUGUAUCCGAAUAUGGGCUUCGACGACUACAGUUACGGUGGUGGUUAUGGAAUGGGAGGCGGCUACGGAGAUUACGGCUAUGGAAUGGGUGGAGGCGGCUACGGUGGGGGAUACGGCGAUUUCCAAAAUGGUGGUUAUGGUCCCCAAGGCGGCUUCGGAGGACCGUUUGGAGGAGGAGGUUUUGGCGGUCGUGGAGGCGGUGGAUUCCGUGGUGGGCGCGGUGGCAACAGAGGAGGAUUUGCAGGGCGAGGCAAGCGACCGGGUGACAGGACUGGAGGCCCAGCGUCAAAAAGGGACAACGGUGCACCGGACUUCUCGGCUGAUGUAAACAUGAGCUCGUUUUAG